AGUGCCAGCGAGAGCCCAGUCGUGACUCGGAGCCCGCGUCGUGCCAGACGCGCUCCUGUCCGCGGCUCGGCUCCUCCGCUCCGGCCGGGCGUGGCCGGGGGCCCCCGUCGGCUUCGGGACGCUUCGAAGGGUCCUCGCGGCAGCCGCGGAACCGGAAUCGGCGGGCAGCUCGCCCAGGCCGGCUCGGGGUCCGCAGCGGCCCGGAAGGAAUCCAGGGGGCCUCCACGGAGAUGUUUGUCAGGACUAAUAACAGCUGACGAGAUACCUGCUCUUUUCUCUUCAAGUUGACAAGUCGAGGCCAGCUGCUUCCUGACUGACUGUUCACGAUGCAGAAGAGACAGGGAUAUUGCAGCUAUUGCCAUGUGCAGUACCCUAACCUGGAACAGGAAACAAAAAUUAAGGGAAUUUGUCACCAGCAGACCCUCACUAAAGGAAAAACUAAAAGGAGUUCUUCAGGCAGAAGGAAAAUGAUUCCAGAUGGAAGCUCAGAGAUACAGGAAGUAAUGAAGAACAAUGGAAAGCAUUUGUUCAGUGCUCAGCACAGAAGUAUGACCAGACAGAGUAGACGUCAGACACCUACCAAUAAUAAUACUUUGAUGGAACGUUUCUUGCAGGAUGUACUUCGACACCACCCAUAUGAUUAUCAAGACAACAGAUCAGGAGCAGAUGAGACAGAAGAAGAAGAUGACCCUGGAUCACCUGAAGUGGUUGUUUUGGAUGACUCUGAUGAUGAAGACUAUGAUGAUGCCGUCAGUAUAGGGAGCAGUAGAAUCCUGUUCUCCGAUGAUUCGGAAUCUGUUGAAGAGAUAGACUGUAGACCUAGUACUUCUCGGGAGUGUGCAGAGAUUGCAGUUCGACCAUCGGUUAUUCAGAAACUGGAGGGGGGACAGCAGCAGCCCUUGGAGGUUGUUCAUAGAAUUGAGAGUGGUGUGAACAUAAUUAAUUCAGUAGAUCUUGGUCAGGCUUCAACUAGCGGUAAAAGGGUGAUACGACCCCCAGUGAUCUGUAAUGCUCCUGCUAGAGCUGUACCUAGAAGGCCUGAUGAUAUAGCAGUUGCAGCUAACAGUGUUCCUCGGUUGGUACUGGCAGUUGCAUCAGAUUCGUUUCCAGCUUGUGAUUCAGAGAACCUUGACACAUACUUUGACCCCCCAGAUCAGGGCCCUAGCAAUCCAUCAUCUCAACCAAAAGCUAAAGACCCCAAAAAGAAACCUUUAAAUAUAAAUUUAGAUAAACUGCUUGCACAGAAAAAUCUCAGAGCUAAGGGUGCAAAAUUUUUCCCUGUUGUAAGAGUCCGUGAACUUACAGGUGCUGAGCUUCGUGCCAUAAGAGUUGGAUCUUCUGAAUUAGCAGCAAAUGCAGAAGCAAACCUGAAUAAAACUGACACGCCGUAUGCUAAUGGAGCUGUUGAAGGUGCCAUUCCAAAGCGCCGUGAAGAAUCUCGUUCAAGUAUGCGUUGCACCCAAGAAGAAAAGCGUUUGGUUCUUAACAAGUCAGCACUUUUGAAACCGAGACGCUCAGUGAGUUCUGAAAUGAAAUUCUAUCAUGGCUCCCGGCAGCCAAUGCCUGGUCCAUCCCAUGCAGCUGUACGAGACUUACAGGUUUUUGAGGAGCUUGUUGACCAAGAAGAUGACAGUUAUGAAACUAGAGCUUCUGAACUAAGUUUUGAUUGUGGGUCCUCUUGUAAUUCACCAUCUGCUGCAUCUGAACUGACUGCCAGAGAAAUAAAUGCUUUAGAGGAAAGACAUGCUAAUUCACAACAGAAGAACAAGAAAUCUGGUGUUUCUAGAAUAACUUCUGAUAAUAAUGGCAACAAUUCUCGUUGGGUGGUUAUCAACCCUUGUCCAGUGAUUGUUAGAGAAACACCUCAUCAGAAUGCAAAGCACAUUAGCCUUGUUGAUGAAAGCUAUGAUUCUAGUGACUCUGAAACAAAUUUUGUUGACGAUGAUGCACUUCCAUCAACUAGUGACUGCCCCCCUGAGUCUGUACAUGCAGCAAGCCUCCUGGAGAAGGUACAUGUUGGUUUGGUUGAUGGCAACUAUGGAGUUAGCAGCUGUGAAGCAAGUGAUGGUUCUGCUGCCUCAACUGCUGGACCUGCAGCGGCUAGACAGAAGAAACUUCGAAGGAAGGCUCAGGCAAACUUGGUUGACAACUAUGGAUCGAGUAGUUUUGAAGCAAGUUCUGAUAGUGAUCGGUCUCCUCAAAUGCCUGUCAAAGAAAGAAGCCUAAGAGAUAGACCUGCCAACCUAAACAAUAAUCAACCCAGUAGUGCUAGAGUACAUCUUGAGACAGUGGCUGAUGAACCCCAGAGAGAUGCUGAAGAAAUAAAUCUUCCACAAGAGAGGAAUCCUGACCUUGGUGAUAUGAACUGUGAGUCUCAUGGUCCUGAAAUGGGUUUUCAUGCUGAUGCUCAAUUAGUGGCUGAUCAAUCUCAAGUAGCAGUUGAAGUAAAUCCUGAGGAAGUAGAUCUUGACCUUGAGAAUCAGAGUGUUCACUCUAACAUUUCUAACCUAAGUUUUGAUUCUCAUGCUUUUUAUCAGUCAGCUAACAAUCAACCUCAAGGGGCUUGGGGUGAAGUAAAUCUUAACGAGUUAAAUGUCGACAUGGAAGUUAAGAGCAGUGGGUGCUCCAGUUCUGAGUUGACAUUUGAUUCUGAUUCUCCUCUUCUGUCAGUUACUGAGCGGUCUCUGCUGGAUGUUGAUGAAAUAAACGAAGAUGACUUUAACCUGGAAGAUGAGAGCUGUGAAUCAAGUAGUUCUGACAUAACUUUUGAUUCUGAUAUUCCUGAAUACUCAGUAGUUGACCAACCUCAAGUAGCUGUUUAUGAGGAGGAACCUGUUGGUCUGGAAAAUAAGAGUAAUGAAUCUUAUGUUUCUGAAAUAACUUUUGGUUCUGAUAUUCUUCAUUCAGGAAAUGACCACCUUGAAGUAGCUGUUGAAGUAAUCAUUCAGGAAGAAGAGCACGCAUACUUAGAAAGGAAGAGUGACAGUCCCAGUGGUUCUGAAAUAAAUUUGGAUUCUAAUCCCCCUCUUCAUUCAGUGACUAAUUCUCAUGAAGUAGCUGUUAAACAGAUAAAUCCCCCAAAAGAAGAGCAGGCACACAUAAAAAAUAAGGAACAUGAGCCUACCAGUUCUGAACCAAGUUUGGAUUGUGACACUUUUAAUUCAAAGCCUGGACGUUCUGAAGAUCCCAUUGCAGACAUAAGCUCUCAGAAAGAAGAACAUGUGCCCUUAGGAAAUAUGAGUAAUGUGUUGUGUGUUUCUGAAACAAGAGUGGAUUCUCCUAUCCCUUUCCCAUCAGUUAUUCGUAAGUGUGAAGUAGUUGUCAAAAAUGUCUCUCCUCAAACAGAAAAGCAUGCUGACUUACAAGGUGAAAGUGUUCAGUGUAGUAGUGGUUCUGAAAAAAACUCAGAUUCUGCUGUCCCUCCUCCGGUAACAGAACCCUAUGUAGGUAAAAAAGCAAAAAGAAAGACAAAGCAUCUUGUAGAAACGAGUGAUGAAUAUGGUGACUCUGAACUGACUUUCAAUCCUGGUGUCUUUCCUCAGUUAAUGACUGAAAAACCUCAACCAGCUGUUUUGAAAAAGGGCCGUAUUGACCCUAACGCUGGAAGUGCUGUGCUUGGAGGAUUUGAAGUAAAUGUGAACCCUGCUGGUUGUUUUCAUUCAGCCAUUAACCAACCUCAGCAAUCCUUGAAGGGAAACCAUGUUGAACAGAAAGACACAAAUGACAAACCUGGUGAUUCUAAACUUAAUUUUAAUUCUGUUGAUCAUCCUCAUUCAUUGCCUGAACAAGAUCAUGAAAUGGUUAAAAAAAUGAACAUGAGGAAAAUAGAGACUCUAGGCCUGAACAAUAAUAAUGAACUUAGAGGUUUAAAAGUAAUACAUGAUUCUGAUGUUUCUUUUCGUUCUGCAGUAGAUGAACUUGAAGUAGCUCUUAAACAAAUAAACCUUGAGAAUAAUGAUCAAAUGUCCUUGGAAAAUGAGAACAGCCAGAAUAGCUGUUCUGAAAUAAAUUUGGAUUCUGAUUUCCCGGUCCAAUCAACAGUUGAUCCACCUAAAACAACUGUUUUGGCACCGGAACACAUUGAACUAGAAGGUAAGCGUGAUCGGUCUUGUGAUUCUGACGUGAGUUUUGAUUCUGAUAACCUUCUUCAGUCAGUGGCUGACCAUCCAAAUGAAACUGGUGAAAAAAUAAGUCUUGGGAAGGAUGAAGAUGUUGACAUGGAAGGUAAGAGGGAUGAAGCUGAGGGUUUUGGAAUUACACAUGAUUCCGAUGUCAGUCAGCCAGUGGCUGGCCAGACUGAAGUAGCUCAGGAACUCAACCAUUCGAGAGAUGAUGUUGACUUGGAAGAUAGGAUUAUUGAACCUAGAGAUUCCGAAAUAAAUUUUGUUUCUGACGAACCUCUUCUGUCUGUGACUAAUGCAACUCACGAGCCUCUUGAAGAAAUGAACUUAGUGAGGGAGGGACAUGUUAGUUCAAACGAUAAGGACUGUGAACCCUGUGGCUCUGGAAUUUCUGUUUCAAAUGUUGCUUUUUGCUCAGUGAUUCAGCAACCACAAAGUUUUCAAAAGGGACAUGUCAAUUUGGAAGUUGAGAGCAGUGAUGCUUGUGGUCCUGAAAUGAGUUUUGAUUCCAGUGAUCCUUGUCAUUCAGUACCUGGCCAUCUUCAAAAAACUCUCAAAGAAAUGAAUCUGAAGGAAGACCAUAUUUACCUGGAAGAUAAGAGCUACAAGCUAGUUGAUUUUGAAGCAAGUUAUGAUUCUGAUGAUCCUGUUCAGUUUGUGACAGAUCCAUCUGUGGAGGAGAUGUCUAUCAAAGAAGUAAAUUUGCAGAAGCAGGAUCAUAUUGACCUAGAAAAUGAGAACUUUCAGCCCUGUUGUUCCGAAGUGAGAUACGAUUCUGGUGUUCAGCUGCAGUCAGAAAUUGACCCACCUCAAGUGGAUUGUGAAGAAACAAAUCUUCAGAAGAAAAACCUUCUUGAUGUGGAAGAAAAGUCCAGUGAACCUAGUGAUUCUGAAAUAGUGUAUGAUUCUGAUGUCUCUUUUCAGAUAGUAGUUAACCAGCUUCAAACAUCAGAUGGAGAGGCAGAUUCUCCAGAGGUCGUGUUUGUGGACGUGGUGUCCAGUGAUAGUGAUUGUGACCGAGAAGUAAUUUCUGAUGCCAGUAUCUCUCUUGAACUAGAAACUGAGCCACCUCAGAUGACUGUCAAAGAAGCCAGCAAUGUAAGUGCAGAAUCUGUUGGUUCAACAGCAGUAGAAAAGUACUACUGUAAAUUUUGUGGUUAUGAUUAUGAAGCCUCUCAAUCAGUGACAAAUCAAUCCAAAGAAAGUUUCAAAAUAAUAAACCGGAAGAAUGAUUAUAUUAUUCUGGGAGACUCCACUUGUCCAUCUUGUGGUCAUGAAGUAAAUUUUAACGUUGAUGUCUCUGAUCAGUCCAUGAUUUGCCAGUCACAAGGGCCUGAUCAAAAUUGCGUUGCUCCAGAAGAUAAGAACUAUGAAUCUGAUGGUCCUGAAAGAAACCUUAAUUUGGAAGACACUUCUCAGCCGAUGAUUGAAAAAGACCCGAAAAAUGUUGGCUUACGGGAUAGGAGCUGGGAAUCUGGUGUUUGUGCAGUAGAUCGUGCAGCCUAUGCUGUGUCAGUGAUACGCCAAACAGCUGUUAAAGACAACACUGUGAAGUUAACACAUACAGAUCUAGAAACUGUGAAUUCUGAAUCUUGUGGUUCUGGACUGAAUUUUCAAUAUAAUGCCUCUCUUCAGUCUGACACUGACCAACCUGAAGAACCUGUUAAGAAAAAGCGCCAACGUAAGAGGGUAACCUUUGACCUGAGAGUAACUACGUAUGAAUACAUCCCAAGCCCUGUUUACAUGGAAGAAGCAGAAGAGGUCACAGAAGACUAUCCUGAUGAACCAGUUCUUGAAGCCUCAACUCAUGUCCCUCCUUCAUUUAUUGAAGAAGUGGGGUCUCAAAUGAGAGAAGAUGAUAUAAAAACUAAUACUCCUGUGCAGGAAUUUAGAGAAGGUUGUUCCAACAGUUUCUAUGAUGGUGACUCUGAGGCCCCCAAAUUUUUUUUGGGUGAAGAUGGAAAUACGAGCUGGUCUGACUUUAAUCAGGACACUGCAUCAAUUCAGUCUCUCUCACAUCACAAAGACACUGAUGAAAGUGAAGUUAGAAAUCCUAGUGACUUUACUGUGGCCCUAGGUGAACCAUCCUGUUCUGUAGCAGAGGGAGUUUAUAAACAACAUUGGCAUGUGGCUUCUCCAAAUCAGGUGGAUGAAGGCAGACGUGGAACUCGAGCUAGUUCUGGGAAGAAAAGGAAAAUACCAAGACAAGAAGAAGACUCACCAAAAAGGAAGCAUUUACAAAAUGAUGGCCAGAAAAAAAAAAAACCCCAAAUCAUAACUGAAUUUCCUGCUUCUGCUCAAGCUUCAGGGCCUGUACAGCCCGAUUCCUUAGUGAAUAUUUUUUCUUCUCUAAGUAUGAAAGAAGCUCGAUCUUUCAACUCCCCUAAAAUGAAGCACAAUAGUUGUGACAAUAAUGUACAAUUUAUAAACAGUUGUAAAGAACACAAUGUUAAUGACACAUUGCGCAAGGAAACUGUAAUUACUUCUCCACAGAACCUAAUGGUGCCAGAUGUGGACAGACAUGGGAUAGUUGACAUUGAUCCUAACGGAAGUAACCCAAGCUCCAGUGCAGGAGAGAAUGGUGGGAACAGAGAAAACUUGCCUUCAACAUCUUAUAUGACAAUUCCGAAAAGAUCUGUGAUAAAGUUACAUAGGACCAGUCAGACUACUUCAUUUCUCAAAAAUUCAGAAGAUGUGAAUGCCAGUAAGGUUUCAAAGGGUAAUUUCCAGCGGACUCUUUCAAAUCGUAAUGGUGCCAAAAUCUUUUCCAAAUCAGUUAGAAAUGAGUAUUUUCGAGGUAAAAGUAGAAAAAAAUGGAGAAGGAAGAUAAAUAGAAACAAAUCACGCUUUAUCAGAAGAGCUUAUAAAACAGUGGUCCUUCAGAAGAAAACCAGACUAACUUCAGAAAAACUUGCAAUUUGGAUUCAGAUGAAAGCAACCGAUAUAGUUAGAAAGUAUGUUUACAGAUAUUCUGGUGCUACGUAUCAUAGGUCUCAGUCUAGGACCACUCUUAUUAGGAUGCAACUUAGGAAGAAAAAGUUGGUUGCCAGGAGGAUAAAGGAGGUGAAGAGAGCAGUUGAAGUGCUUCGAAAUGCCUCAGUUUUACCAGCGAGUGCUGAAGAGCAGUCAAGAGCUACCACAAGUUCUUCCCAACUACCUGUUCGGCGUAUUGCUAGGGCUACAAGAAGAAAGCACUACGGUAAAAAUUACUAUCGCAGAAAGAAAAGGCUUGUGCCUGUUAGAGAAUAUGACUUGAGAAGUUCAUGUUACAUACCAGAUGCUGAUAGGAUGGUGACUCGACGUGCAAGCAAAUCAAGAUGCAAUGAGGCAAAAUAGAAACCCCUGUUAUAACCAACUGAGAAUUCAGUGCUUCACCUGAAAUACAUUUGGAACUUCUGUGCACAUUGUUUUCCCAACUUUAGUGGGGAAACUGACCUUACACUAUUUUGCUAUAGAUAUUAUUUUUCAGAGAUUUUAUAUUCAUUUAAAAUUAGUGUUUAGGGUCCUUUUAUUCUUUUAAAGAUUUAAAAGCAACCGUUGUCCCGUUUCUGUAGAAGAGCUUCAUCUUAAUUUGUCCUAUAAUUUAGCAUAGUGUAUGGAAAUUUGUCCCUUAAAUCAUGUCCUUAUUCAUUUUUUAAAUGAAAAUCUUUUGUGCCAAAAAUUAAAACACUGAGAAAAUGAAUAUAGCAAAUUUAUUGAUGACAUCUCUUUAAAAAUUGGGACAGAUACCUUUUUACCUAGAUUCUGCUUUUCAAAGUUGCAUCUUUAAUAUGGUAUUCUAACUGGAUAAUUAGAAAGAGCUAUACUGUGCUGUGUUAGUUUGAGUAUGAUUUACUUCAAAGAUCACAAAAAUAUAAUUUUCUUUGAGAAGCAUUCCACAUGAUAUUUAAUAGUUUUUAAAAAGUGCCUGGUAAUUUUACAGACAACACAGUCUUUCUGCUUCAUUUAAAUUGGAUCUUUGAGUCUGUAACUUUCCUCAUUUGGACACAUGUACCCAUAAAUCUUUAGCAUUAGAUCUUACAUGGAAAAAUGUUUUGCCAAUAUGAUUAGGCUUUUAAAACCACCUUUACUGGUUGUCUCAUAUGAAAAUCCAGGUAAUUUUAAGUCCUUGUUUCUCGAUAUUUCAAACAUUAUCCUAUCAUUUUAAUAUAUUGAACUGAAGCUACUGGCUUGGUAGUAUUAUGUGAACAGGCCAUUAAUUGUCAUUAGUGAGAAACUAACAUUACAAAAAAUUGAGUAAAACUGAUAACCUAAGUAGAGAUCCAUUUUGCAAGUGAAAAACUUUGUACAUUAGUUUAUGGUAAAUUGUCUAAUUAGUUUUCUUAAGCUAGUUAGAUAGUUCAAACUUAAACUAAUUUGAUAAUUUCUCUUAAACUACCUAAUUGCUUUUAAUGGUUCAGAUAAAAGAUGUUUGACUACACAGUGUAAGCCAAUGGUACUUGACCAUAUUUGGACCCUUUUUGGGAACAUUGACUGAGCUGGUACAAAUGCAUCCUACUGUUGUGUUCAGUCAAGAACAUGAAUCUUUUUGUCAUCGAUUUCAGGGAAACAGGAAUUUUCCCUGAAUUGUGUAACUACUAUAUUUUAUUGAAACUAAAAUCAGUGUUAAGAUGUGCCCUGAUUUCAGAGCUAAAAAUGUGUUACCUUAAAAUUAAUGAACUAUAAAUGUGUUUUUGUUUCAGGGGCCAUUAUUUAACCUGUGGUUACAUUAAUAGUGAUAAUAUUGUAAUUUCUUCUUAAUAUAAUGGCAAUUGUAUUGCAGAGUGGGAAAAGUAAUUUUUAGUUGCCAAGUAACAUAUAUUUUCAUCAACCUUGCCUCCUUACAUGCAAACAUUUUAAUUUCCUUUCUUAAAAAAAAAAAUCUCUGUAGGCCAGUGGUUUAAAACAAACAAUCAAAAAACCCUCCAGAUUUUAGUUUUUGAAGAAACCUAACUGAUUAGGAAGUAAACAAGACAGUCAAUAUGUAAAAGUAUCUGUUUUUAGGUACUAAUAUCUUCUGAAGUUCCCUUAGGUACUACUAACAAACAUUUGGUAUUUUCAGUGUAAGUUUAAAUGCAAGAAUUCAUAUGAAAAUUAUGUAAAGUUCAAAAAUUUUGCUCUCUUUAACACACUGGAGACUCUUCUAAGUGCCAUUUUAAGGGAGAACAAGAAAAAGAUUCAUAUUUAAAAUUCAUGUUACCCAAAAUAAGAAAAUAUGGUACAGAACUGAUGAUUUUGUUUAGCAUUUUUGAAGUGUUUACUAAGUUCUUGUUCAUUAUUAUUUUAGGCAAGUUUGGAAACUUGAAAUUGUAAAACUUAAGUUAAAUUGGAAAUUAUUUCAGAAUUUGAUAGAUGUGCCCCUUUGUCUGCAUAAAUGUUGGCUUAAUUUUCAGAUUAGAUUGAAAUAAUUGGUUAUUUUGUGUAGUUAAGUGCAUUAUAUUCUUUUAAUAGUAAAAAGUCAAAUUAUAACCAUAAUGAAUAUUUUGUUAAUCUUGUCCUUUUCAGUAUCUUGCAUAGAUUUUAAUUGUAAUUGUCCUGGUGUAUACAGUGUGUGGACAAUAUUGUGUAAAGAGUGUUUUUUGCAUUUGUGCAUUUAAAUUAUUUAUGUAACUAGGGCUCUGAGUAACACUUUUUUUUUUGCUUAAAGAAAAGCUAUAUUUAAAUAUUCAAAUAAUUAUAUAUUUCCAUGUAAAACUAAUGUGAAGACCGAUGUAUUUUUUAUAAUGCAAUUUAAAGUGUAAACUUGUUUUGAUGUUAUCAAGAUAAAAUUUAUUAAAUAUUGAAAUUUGUGUGUACUCUCUCCUCAUGUUAGAACCCUUUUCUGGAAGUACUUAAAAAGAAUCAGAAUAAUAAGAGAAGUAACUUUGUAAAAGGCCUGAGAGAUGAUAAAUAAGAGAGUAAAUGUUGAUGCUGGUGAGAAAAUAGUUUAACCAAAGAUACUCAGGUUGUACUCAAAUCAGUAGUUAUUUCAAAAUUUAAACAACCAUUUAUUUGCCUGGUUGAGUGGUGGAGCAGCAGCUUUUCACUUGUUCACCUGUCUUGAAAGGAUUGAGUUUGGGAGGCAGAAUCCUUAAUACCAUCUGACCCCUCCUCAGAAGGGAAAACUCCCAUACUUUUCAUCUGUAGCUUGCCAUCUUACAGUACCAUCGUGUGUGUUAGUGAAGACGGGCUAAUGUGGGAGAAUGUAUGAAAGAGUAGUGAGGUAGGUACUCUUGACCCUAGUACUAAUGACUUACAGGGAUGUUGAAAGGAUGAACAUCAUAAAAAGCUGCUAUAAUGAAAAUGUGAAAGGAAAGACCCUUUUCAGUAAAGGACUUUUGUGUGUAGGACUUUUAUGAAAAACUGCUGUAAAAUCACAUAAUUACAGAAUUAUACCCCCAAAUGGCAACUUAAGAAAAUGGAGGGUACAGAGGCUUAGCAUUUCCUAAUCUCUUAAUUCAAAUAAACUCAGAUAUUAAGGGACAAAACCAGGAUAAUUUAGAACAUUUCCCCUUUUUCUUGUGCCCUAUGUAAGUAAAGUUCUAAGUAUUAUAAACUGGUUCAUUUUUUUUUUUAAAGCUGUUUGCUUUGAUUAAGGAUUAGGUUCAGAAGGAAAUUUAUUUUGUUGCUGAACUUUAAACAAUUUCCAUGUUUCUUUUAACAAGGCCUUUAAGCCUGGAAAACAAUUUGUUUCCCAGAUUCAUUAUUCCCAGCUUCGUGCAUGUAUGUUUUGAGCCCUUCUUGAGUACGGCACAUUGUUCUAAGCUUUAACUGUGUUGUCUCCCUUGAGCUUCACAUUCGGAAGCCUCGUUCUAUACUGUGAUAACUAUGAGGUGCAAAAAUUGAGGCAUAGGUUAGCUAUAGCCAGUCCCCCUGCAACCCCCGUUAUUCUAGUUUCUGUAUUGUUUAGCCUUUCCUGGAUACUUCAUAUAAAUGGCACCUUUAUGGUAAUCUUUGCAUAGUCUUUUAUGCCUGCCUAGUUUUAUUUAUCAUGAUUUUUUUUUGUCACCUGUGUUGUAGCAUGCUGAGUAUUUUGUUUCUUAUUUGUAGUAUUUAUUUUUUUUAUUAAUUUUUUUAUGGUUCAAUCCAGGGCCUUGUGCAUGUUAAGCAAGUGCUCUACGACUGAGUUGUAUUCUCAGCUCUCAGAUAGGUUUUAAUGACACUACUACCAGAACUUUUGUCUCCUGAUAACAAAUGAUAAAGCCAGUAGGUGUUGGGCAAACUGUUCCCUUUAUAGCUCUUAUACUUAACAUCCUUGAUUACUUCUCAGAUCUAAUAUUGGCCUUUUUGAGUGUUCUUAUUGAUCACUUGAGUGUUGUAUGCCCUCUACAUCUUUAACUCUUUGUCCCUUUACUGCCCAUCAUGAUACUUAUUUUUACUGUGCUUAAUGAAUUCUAAUUUUCAGCCUCAGCACGUUACCUAUUUUCAAUCCUUUCAUGAUGGAUUGCUUGCAGGUAUCCAAAAUCUGAGAAUCAUAACCAACUGCUCCUUUUAAUCCAAAUGUACCAUAGAACCAGGAAGUAUGUUUGUGGUAAACUCUUAUUUAAGUUGCUCUCCUGAAUACUUAAAAUACAUACCAUCAAACCCAGGAAAUCAACAUUAAUAUUACUUAUUUAUCUACUCCACAGACCUUAUUCAAAUUUUGCAAAUUACCCCAAAAUGUAGGUCCAGGAUUUGAUCCGGGAUUAUGAACUUCAUGAUUAUUUUGUUAGUUUCCUUCAGUAUGGAACAGUUUCUUGCCUUUGUCUGUACUUGAUAGCAUGACAUUUUGAAGGUACUGGUUUAUUUGUAGAAUAUCCCUGAGUUUGAGUUUGUCUGAUGUUUCUUUGUAAUCUAUGCAUUUUUGGAAUUCUGUGUUCUUUUUGGUGUAUAUUAACAGAAGCCAUGUGAUGUCAGUUUGAAUAAAUGUGGUGAUAGAAUAUA